CUGAGUCGAAUCCCAAGCAUCGGAAUACCCCCAAAGGCCAAUUCACCCCAAGACGGAAAAAUCCAAAAAGCACCCAACCGCCGCAGUAUCAAGUCGACUAACACCACUAGCAACUCGAUACCAACAAUAAACACUCCAAGACCCCACGCCAGAGAGGGUACCCAGCCACCUCGAGCCGAUUCUAGUAACCCCACUAGCAACUCAGAACCGGUCGGCAAGAAACCCU